AUGACAUACCCAUUAAUACAUCCGUAUAGCGAAGACGGAUAUAGACCUGGAAUUCAAUUGGCAGAUGUGAACAACAAAAGUUACAAGCGUCAAAAUUUGUCAAUGAGAGAGUUUUAUUGCUUCAGGAUACAACAAAGACUUAACGAGGGGCAAACUUUCUUAGUAGCUGGUAGACUAUUGCAACAAUACAUUGUUGAUGCUUACAUGGAAGAAAGGUUUUGUUAUAUUCGGAAUAAUAAAAAAAAACUCAGAGCUGAUCUUUACUCUGGCUUAAUGGAUGCCAUACUCCGAGGUGAUUCAGAUUGUUCAAUGAUAGGGAAAUCUGUUAUCCUGCCUUCAUCGCACACUGGGGGGCCUCGAUAUAGGGCACAAAAUUAUCAAGAUGCAAUGGCAAUUUGUAGGUGGGCUGGGUAUCCAGAUUUGUUCCUCACUUUCACUUGCAAUCCUAAGUGGCCAGAAAUAAAUGCAAUGCUCAGCUUACUAGGGCAGCAAGGCGAUGAUAACCGGGUGGACAUUAUAUGCAGAGUUUUCCAGAUAAAAUUAUUCCAACUAAUGCAAGAUCUGAAAAAGCAACAACCGUUUGGGAAAACAAUCGCAUGUUUAUAUACGAUAGAGUUCCAGAAAAGAGGACUGCCUCAUGCACAUAUAUUGCUCUUCCUCCAUCCCACAUUAAAAAGUCCCUCCAUCGAUCAUAUCGACACAAUAAUAGCAGCUGAAAUACCUGAUAUGGAAGUUGAUCCGGACGGCUAUAAUGCUGUCAAGAACUACAUGAUGCACGGACCUUGUGGAGAACUCAAUCCCCAAUGCCCAUGUAUGAAGCAAGGAAAGUGCACCAAGCAUUUUCCGAAGAAAUUCAACAAUCAAACAACUUUUGAUGCAGAUGGAUUCCCUAUUUAUAGGAGAAGGAACACAGGUACUCAAGUCAAGAAAAACAAUGCUCUCUUAGACAACAGAUAUGUCGUUCCAUACAACAGGAAUUUGAUUGUCAAAUAUGAUGCACAUAUAAAUGUUGAAUUAUGCAAUUACUCAAGGUCGGUGAAGUACCUAUUCAAAUAUGUCAAUAAAGGUUCGAUGAUGAGAUCAAAAGAUAUCUGGCGACAUACAUAUUCGACAUGGAGGAUCUUUGCAUUUGACAUACACGCUGGGUGUUGCCAUUCCAUUUACAGGGAGAAAACACCAUAG